AUUGCCGGUUUGGUUGAGACUAGGCUUUAUUGCCAAUUAUGUUUUCCCUAAAGCAUAGUAGCUACGUUUAUUUGUCAGAAGUAUUAAUAUUUCUGCUAGCCAACCGGCUGAGCUCUGUAGAAUGUCACGAAGUAUGGCCUGAAGACUCUUCUUUACAUUUCUUUGCUAUCGGUGAUUGGGGUGGUCUACCAACUUCGCCAUAUACAACACAAGUCGAACAAGCAAUUGCUAAAGAAAUGGGGAAUUUGGCUGACUCUUUCAAACCUGAAUUUAUUCUCGCGCUUGGUGAUAAUUUCUACACGUUUGGAGUGACGAAUGUUGAUGAUAAGCGUUUUAAUGAAACGUUUGAAGAUGUCUUCACUGCUAAAUCACUUUUCGUGCCCUGGUAUUUCUGUGCCGGCAAUCAUGAUCAUUAUGGUAAUGUUUCAGCAGAGAUAGCAUACAGCGAGAAAUCAAGUCGAUGGAAUUUUCCUGAUUAUUACUACACAAAGAAGUGGGAAAUUCCAGGUACAUCAAGCACAGUACAAGUGGUUAUGAUUGAUACAGUUAUAUUAUGCGGAAACACAGCCCUCGAUGUAGUUUACGACCAGCCAAAAGGAAGUGCUACUCCGAAGAAAGCAGCCCAGCAGUGGGUUUGGAUUAAAGAUACGCUUGCUAAGUCAACUGCAGAUUAUCUGUUAGUGGCAGGACACUUUCCUGUCUGGUCAAUAGCGGAACAUGGACCCACUGAAUGUUUAGUUGAAAAAUUAAAACCACUUCUGGAAGAAUAUCAUGUAACAGCAUAUCUCUCUGGACAUGAUCACAAUUUGCAGCAUCUAGACGAAGGGUCAGGAGUACAAUAUAUUGUUACUGGUUGUUCAAAUUACGUGAAUAAUUCAACUGAGCAUUCAGCCAAUGUACCAAAGGACUCAUCCAAGUUUUUUUGGGCAGAAUAUUCCAAACUAGGAGGAUUUGCUACCUUUAGCGUGACACCAGAUGUCAUGCAUAUGACGUUUGUGGAUUCAACUAACGAACCGUUGUACAAUCUAAUACUGAAACCUAGACAAGUAUAUUUCUAGCCACGCAGUUCAAUAUAUGGUUCUACUACUAAAAUUAAAUGAACGGUAAUAACAAUUAUAUUGAAUGUAUGUCAAUUGGUGAACUUCUUGCAACCCGAAGGAUAAUAUAGAGAUGAACAUCCGUGAAUUCAUCAGUAAAAUUUUUUUUAUCUUCGGCCUUAAUUAUUAUAGAACGCAUUAAAAUAUCAGCAAGGGGUAAAGUAUACUUCGACCUCGUCAACUUUUCUUUGAAAGAAAGAAGGUUAAGCUAAAGAGUUGAAACGAAAACUUUAUUUUGAACCAUUUUAA